GUGUGUUAUUCAGUAAAAAAAAUUAAAUUCCAGUCUGUUUUUUAAGGUGGUCUGUCAUAAUGUUUUUAGUAUUCAAUCAGACAUUAUUGUGAGGUUUUGUAUUACUGUUCCUAAAAAUAGAUAUACCGGCCCCCAGACACAUUUUUUUCUUUAAAUUUGACCCCCGAGUCAAAAUAAUUGCCCAGGCCUGGCCUUGACAGUUAUGCUUUCUUCAAAUGACAUGUCAAAGCAGCUGUUUCCCCUGACCUUUGCCCCAACAUAUAUAUAUUUAAACCUCCACAAAGCUACAUACCAGCCUUUAUUUAACUGAUGCGUGCUAAUGUGUACUUUGUUUUUGUCCCGUUGCAAUAAUCUCCUCUUUUGCACGUCGCCGCCCGCCCGACCAAGAACGGAUCGGUACGGUUAACUCAUGUGGCAGCAGAAGCACAGCUGAAGGCUCCUUUUGCAGACGGACUUCCUUCUAGGCAGGGCCAACUUACAAGGCUGAGAAACACAGAGUUUGACGUCCUGGUGGUUGGAGGUGGAGCCACGGGUGCAGGAUGUGCCUUAGACGCCACCACACGCAACCUAAAGACCGCUCUCGUCGAGAGGAACGACUUUUCUUCCGGGACGAGCAGCCGGAGUACCAAGCUCAUUCACGGCGGUGUCCGUUACCUCCAGAAGGCCAUCAUGAAACUGGAUUACGAGCAGUACAUGAUGGUGAAAGAGGCCCUCCAUGAACGAGCCAACCUCCUGGAGAUUGCGCCUCACCUGUCGGCGCCACUCCCCAUCAUGCUUCCUGUUUACAAAUGGUGGCAACUGCCUUAUUAUUGGGCCGGAAUCAAAAUGUACGACUUGGUUGCCGGCAUCCAGUGCCUAAAGAGCAGCUAUAUGCUCAGUAAGACCAAAGCCCUGGAGCUCUUCCCCAUGCUCAAGAAGGACAAGCUGGUGGGAGCCAUCGUCUACUAUGAUGGACAGCACAACGAUGCCCGUAUGAACCUGGCUAUUGCCCUCACCGCUGCCCGCUACGGGGCCGCCACGGCCAACUAUACGGAGGUGGUUCACCUGCUAAAGAAGGAGGACCCGCAGACUGGCUCUGACAAGGUGUACGGUGCGCGAUGUCGGGACGUGCUUACAGGAGAGGAAUUUGAUGUUAAAGCCAAGUGUGUGAUCAAUGCUACGGGGCCCUUCACGGACUCACUGAGGAAGAUGGAUAACCAAGAAAGUGCAAACAUCUGCCAGCCCAGUGCCGGCGUGCACAUUGUCAUCCCUGGCUACUAUAGUCCCGACAACAUGGGCCUUUUGGAUCCGGCGACAAGUGAUGGCCGAGUCAUUUUCUUCCUCCCUUGGGAGAAGAUGACCAUCGCUGGAACCACGGACACACCCACCAAUGUGACAGCCCACCCUAUCCCUGGGGAGAAUGACAUCAACUUCAUUCUGAACGAGGUCCGCAACUAUCUCAGCCCCGACGUGGAAGUGAGACGAGGUGACGUGUUGGCGGCGUGGAGUGGCAUUCGCCCACUGGUGACGGAUCCCAACUCCAAAGACACUCAGUCCAUCUGCCGUAAUCAUAUAGUCAGCCUCAGUGACAGCGGGCUGGUCACAAUUGCAGGCGGUAAAUGGACCACCUACAGAUCCAUGGCUGAGGAGACUUUGGAUGCUGCCAUUAAAGCACACGCCCUCCCAGGUGAGACCUGCAAGACUGUAGGUCUGAUGUUGGAGGGCGCCAAAGGCUGGACGCCGACGCUUUACAUACGACUGGUGCAAGACUACGGCUUGGAGCAGGAAGUUGCCCAGCACCUGGCCUCUACGUACGGAGGGAAGGCGUACGACGUCGCCAAGAUGGCGCUGGUCACAGGGCAAAGAUGGCCGAUCGUCGGAAAAAGACUCGUGUCCGAGUUUCCUUACAUUGAGGCUGAAGUUCUGUAUGCCAUCAGGGAGUACGCCUGCACCGCCAUCGAUGUCAUUGCUCGGCGAACACGUUUGGGCUUCCUGAACGUACAGGCGGCUGACGAGGCCCUCCCACGCAUCGUGCAGAUCAUGGCUAAGGAGUUGGGCUGGAGCCAGGAGCGUAAGACGGCCGAGCUUGAAGCAGCCAAGAAGUUCUUAUACACCGAGAUGGGCUACCGGUCUCGCUCUGAGCAGCUGACCAAAACAUCCGAGAUGAAUCUGGACAACCAGGAAGUAGCCAGGUACAAGAAACGCUUCCACAAGUUUGACAAAGAAUGCAAAGGAUUCAUCACCACCGUCGACGUCCAGCAAGUCUUGGAUAGCAUCAAUGUCCACAUCGAUGCGAACGCGCUCCAUGAUAUUCUUAACGAGGUAGAUGUCAACAAGAAUGGACAGAUUGAAAUCGACGAAUUCUUGCAGUUGAUGAGCGCCGUCAAAAAGGGCCAAGUGUCUGACAGUCGCCUGGCCAUCCUCAUGAAGUCCGCCGAGGAGACUCUGGAUAUGAGGGGCCCCGUGACGGUGGACCGCAGCGGGGGCGGAGUCUAAGCCCAGCCUUUGUGAGACCCCCCCCCCCCACCCCCCGGCCUCAUCUGAAUGACAAUGCAAUCAGGCAGAUGGCGGCGGGGGAUUUAGCCAAAUCAAGAACAAACCGACUUGUUUUGGGUGGAAUAGAGUCUGAUGGCUGAGAUUUGUUUUGCAUGAGCCGCUUGUUUGUGUUCUGAUUAGUCCUCAGCAGCGUCAGGUGCCUCCAAUGUUCCACAGAGCACAAUGUAAUCUAUUUAUAGCAUAUUUUUAUCAAUUUGUACCGACUUUUAACACCUAUUUUUUUAACUUGACACUAUUGUGCACAUACUGCUUCUCAACUGAACACCUGUACUUGACUUUGCAGGUCCACCAUCUUUUAUGCAUUUGCUUACAGCGAACUUUUUACUGCUUAACUUUAUUUCAGGGGUGUUCAAACCUUUUACAGCGUGGACCACUUCACCGUUGGUUUGUUUACUAAACAUACCAAACACCAAGCCGUCGUAAAUUGAAACAAUUUAGGAUUUAUUGACGAGCUGUGAUUUUCAUAUUGCUUUUUGUAUUUACAAACCCCAAAACUAGUGAAGUCGGCACAUUGUGUAAAUGGUAAAUAAAAAGAGAAUACAAUGAUUUGCAAAUCCUUGUCAACUUAUAUUCAAUUGAAUAGACUGCAAAGACAAGAUAUUUAAUGUUCUAACUGAGGAGCUUUUUUUGUGUGCAAAUAAUCAAUCAAUAAAUCACAAAUGACUCAAAGGACUGUACAAACCAUUACGACUUCGACAUCCUUGUAAGAACCCACAAAAGGGCAAGGAAAACUCACACCCAGUGGGCAGGGAGAAUUCACAUCCAGUUAGACGCCAGUGACAAUGCUGACUAUGAGAAACCUUGGAGAGGACCUCAGAAGUGGGCAACCCCCCCUCUAGGGGACCGAAAGCAAUGGUCCCCUAGAGGGACCAUUAAAUUUAAGUUAAAUAAUCAUUAACUUAAAUUUAAUGGCAGCAACACAUUGCAAAACAUUUGUCACAGGGGCAUUUUUACCCCUGUGUUACAUGGCCUUUCCUUUUAACAACACUCAGUAAACGUUUGGGAACUGAGGAGACACAUUUUUUAAGCUUUUCAGGUGGAAUUCAAUCCUAUUUUUGCUUGAUCUACAGCUUAAGUUGUUCAACAGUCUCCUUUCUGCUUUUUUAGGCAUUAUAUUGCGCUACACAUUUUCAAUGGAAGACAGGUCUGGACUACAGGCAGGCCAGUCUAGUACCCGCACUCUUUUACUAUGAACCCACGCUGUUGUAACAUGUGGUUUGGCAUUGUCCAGCUGAAAUAAGCAGGGGCGUCCAUGAAAACGACGUUGCUUGGAUGGCGACAUAUGUUGUUCCAAAACCUGUAUGUACCUUUCACCAUUAAUGGUGUCUUCACAGAUGUGUAAGUUACCCAUGCCUUGGGCAUUAAUACACCCCCAUACCAUCACACAUGCUAGCUUUUAAACUUUGCACCUAGAACGUUCCGGUUGAUUCGUUUCCUCUAUGUUCCGGAGGACACGACGUCCACAGUUUCCAAAAACUAUUUGAAAUGUGGACUCGUCAGACCACAGAACACUUUUCCACUUUGCAUCAGUCCAUAUUAGAAAACAUCGGGCCCAGUGAAGUCGGCGGCGUUUCUGGGUGUUGUUGAUAAAUGGCUUUCGCCUUGCAUAGUAGAGUUUUAACUUGCACUUACAGAUGUAGCGACAAAUUGUAGUUACUGACAGUGGUUUUUUGAAGUGUUCCUGAGCCCAUGAGGUGAUAGCCUUUACACACUGAUGUCGCUUUUUGAUGCAGUACUGCCUGAGGGAUCCAAGGCCACGGGCAUUCAAUGUUGUGGUUUUUUAGCCUUCCCAUUUACGUGCAGUGAUUUCUCCAGAUUCUCUGAACCUUGUGACGAUAUUACAGACCGUAAAUGGUGAAAUCCCAAAAUUCCUUCCAAUAUCUCGUUGAGAAAUGUUGUUCUUAAACUGUUGGAAAAUUUGCUCAGGCAUUUGUUGACGAAGUGGUGACCUUCGCCCCAUCCUUGUUUGUGAAUGACUGAGCAUUUCACGGAAGCUGCUUUUAUUCCCAAUCAUGCCACCCACCUGUUCCCAAUUAGCCUGUACGACCUGUGAGAUGUUCCAAAUAAGUGUUUGAUGAGCAUUCCUCAACUUUUUUUGCCACUUGUGCCAACUUUUUUGAAACAGGCAUCAAUUUCCCAAAUGAGCUAAUAUUUUCAAAAAAUAACAAAAGUUUUCCGGUUCGAAUGUUAAGUAUCUUGUCUUUACAAUAUUGAAUAUAGGUUAAAAAAGGAUUUCCCACAGCCCCGAAAGAGACAAGCAGUAGAAAAUGGAUGGAUGGAUUUUGUUUUUAUUCACCAUUUACACAACAUGCCAACUUCACUGGUUUAGGGUUUUUUAAUAAUGUUGGUCACAAUAAUCGUUACAUUCAGGGCCUGAUUUACUAAGAUCCAAACACCACGUGGUAAACAGCCCGUGCAAUCUAUAAAUCUGUAUAAACUCUUUACUAAAACUGCAUGUGCAAUUGUAAAUUGGUGCAGAUCGCCUUAUUUAAAUGAGGAUUUUAUGUGUACUGUGUACGGCGCAUCGCCAUGGAGACAUUCAUUUACUCCACAUUCAUGUCUUCCAACAUGCAGGUGACAUCUACCACUUUUUAGGGGCAUUUUAGAAGCAGUUGUGCGGUGCAUCUGUAUCGAUACCACUUUUAUUUGUUUGCGUUCAUUUGAGAGAGGCUGCACUUACCUCGCUCAAUAUGCAAAACAAUUCAAACAUUAAGAAAUGUUUUCUCAAAAGAUAUAUUUUAAUAGCAUGGCGACUUGUCCAGGGUGUUCCCCUGCGAGAUACGCUCCAGCACCCUCCGCCACCCUGAAAGGGACAAGCGGUAGAAAAAGGAGGAUAUUUUAUGUGGAAAAAAACAAACUUCAUUAAAAAAAUACUUACGGACACCAAAACGCCUCAAUUAAAUUUGUUUUAAUCAGCCCUUUAGGUCCUCUAGCAGCUAUAGAAUUAUAAAAGGAUGAUGCUGAAUAGAAGCUAUGUCUUUAGUUCUGACGCAGAUGAUCCUCCGAGGGAAUUUAAGUUGCUGGUCAAUCCCAAGUUCUUUCGAUGACACUUAAGCUGAUUUUAAAUGAACACCCAGAACAGAAUAGCUAUUUUGCAAUUUAUUCCAAAGCUUUGGAGAGACCAACCUAAAAAAACAACACAUUCAAUUCGCAUUGCCUAGUUGAUCUGACCAACCCUAUGGAGGCGCGCUCUUCCCCACUAUCUCCCCCGCCCUCACACCCACCGGAACGAAUCCACAUAUCUGUUCUUCUGCUAAGUCAUGGACAGGGAGAGAUAAGAAGGGAGUUAUGGCUAGUCCUUCCAUGCCUACAGCUUCAAAGUUAACACAUGUAGUUUACUUAGCAGACAACCAUAAAGAGCACAAAUGGAAAAACACUAGCUGUUUUCUAAUAUAGACUAUGGAAAAAAGAAAUAACUCUUGAAUAUGGAUAUAUGUAGAUAUCUAUCUCCGUCACCGACCAGAAUGAUUGUAGGAUGGAGGAUUCUGGUCAGAUCCUGCAGCCGUGUCAGUUUUCAUGUCCUCACAGGUGUUAAGUAUUGUGCAAAAUAGCACUAGCAAAACGGUGAUGAGUGUUGAUAAAACAAGUGGUGCAUGUUAAAUAAUUAUAUUUGCAUUCCGUCCUCCCAGCAUUGCGAUUAUUGGCAUAUAUUCUGCACAUUAAUGAAGACAGAGGCGCCUUAUUCCACUCACUUAACCGACGCAAUCCACUUUGCACACGUUAGGUAGGUCGUCUUUGCAUGUGCUAUCAAGUUUGCACGCGUUUUAGUACACGUAAACCUUUAGUAAAUCAGGCCUGAAAUGUCAUUUCCCUCUCUAAUGUGGAUCAAGUUUGAUAAAGAUAUUUACACGCUUUAUUUUUCCAAGUCAAAACAAUAUUGUAUCUAUUGAAAAGGGUGCAGGGCAUUAAAAAGCAAGCUGUGGAACAGAAACGGCCCCCAAGCCGCAUUUUGAACACCGGUGCUACAACUAAUAACAACAAAUAAGUGAUAUCAAGGAAGACCUGCAAAGUACAAGAAGGUUUUCAUUUGUUUUAUGACCUCAUCGUUACUGUCCAGGCGGCUCAACACUGCCGGGUUUGUUGGAAAAAGAGACUUUUAAAGUGAAAGCCGGGUACUACUUCCUGUCUGCCGCAGCGAUAACUAAAUCCUACUGAUACACCGAUGUUUACAGGUUUCAAGCUUUAUCUCAGGGGUCGGCAACCUCUUUCAUCACUCUGAUGUGGCUCAGCUGCAUACUUGCCGACCCCCCCCAUUUUUCCGGGAGGUUUCCGGAUUUCAAUGCCUCUCUCAGAAAUCUUUCGACGAUGGUAUUCUCAGAUUUUCACCCGGACAACAAUAAUGAGGGCGUGCCGUGAUGGCAAUGCCUUAUUCGUCCUUUCCAUCAUGUCGUCACAUCCGCUGUUAUACCACGCUCUCUGAGUGCCGGCUGGGAACCAAACGUAAGCGACUGCAAGGCAUACUUUUUCAACAGCCAUACAGGUUACACUGAAAGUUGUGAUACAAACAACUUUUACACUCUUGUUAAUAUGCGCCACACUGUGAACCUACACCAAACAAGAAUGGCAAACACAUUUCGGGCGAACAUCUGCACCAUAACACAACAAAACAAAUACCCAGAAUCCCAUGCAUCCCUAACUCUUCCGGGCUACAUUAUACGCCCCCACUACCACCCCCGACCACUGCGUUGGUUGAGGUGGGCGGCGUUUGGUGCUAGCGGGAGUGUAUAAUGUAGUCCGGAAAAGUUAGGGAUGCAUGGGAUUCUGGGUAUUUGUUCUGUUGUGUUACAGUGCGGAUGUUCUCCCGAAAUGUUGUUUGUCAUUCUUGUUUGGUGUGGUUUCACAGUGUGACGCAUAUUAGAGUGUUAAAGUUGUUUAUAUCACAACCCUCAGGGUAACCUGUAUGGCUGUUGAGCAACUAUGCCUUGCAGUCAUUUAGGUGUGUCUGCAGAAAGCCUCAUACAAGAUGCGACGGGGCUGGUAAGCUGUUUGUUUCUGUUGCAGAGGGCGUUAAACGCAUCCCCAUUAUAUACCACACCCUUAUUAUUGUUGUUUGAGUGAAAAAGGAGUGAGAAACGGGUCAAAAUGGCUCUUUGAGCGGUAAAGGUUGCCGACCCCUGCUUCAUCUGCACUCGCUCUGCUUUUAAUUAAAAGUGUUUAGGUUAACUUGCUUUUAAAGACAUUACGAAACAGGAUUAAAAAAGGUGAUUCCAUAUUUUUAUUAUUCGGUGAGAAAUGCAUGCUUAUAUUCUCCUAGUGGUGUGAUGGAAGUGUGUUUUACUUUGAAGAGACAUUUGUGUUUCAGUGUAAAAGAAGAGAUUGGAGGGGUGGGAACAAAAAAAACAAAAAAAAAGGCUUCAUGAGAUCAUGUCCAAGCACGCUCUCUGUUCAUGUUUUGGGAAGCAUGAAUGAGGACUUGUGCCUUCUCCUGUUGGGACACAACCUCUGAUGAAUGCUGCCAAGACUUUUUACUGACUUUAGUAGGACUGACGCUCUAAGACGGUCUUCAUAUCUCACAAUCUAAUGCAACUGCAGGGAUUCAAACCGAGGUUGUCAUUGCUCAAUGUGCCUUUUAGUGCAGAGGUGUCAAAGUCAAUGGGAUGACAUUUGAUUAGUAUCAGAGCCUGUAUUGCACGCACCAAUACUCCAUAUUAUUCAACAAAACCAAGUUUUACAAACCCCAUUUCCAUAUGAGUUGGGAAAUUGUGUUCGAUGUAAAUAUAAACAGAAUACAAUGAUUUGCAAAUCAUUUUCAACCCAUAUUCAGUUGAAUGCACUACAAAGACAAGAUAUUUGAUGUUAAAACUCAUAAACUUUAUUUUUUUUUGCAAAUAAUAAGUAACUUAGAAUUUCAUGGCUGCGACACGUGUCAAAGUAGUUGGGAAAGGGCAUGUUCACCACUGUGUUACAUCACCUUUUCUUUUAACAACACUCAAUAAACGUUUGGGAACUGAGGAAACUAAUUGUUGAGGCUUUGAAAGUGGAAUUCUUUCCCGUUCUUGUUUUAUGUAGAGCUUCAGUCCUUCAACAGUCCGGGGUCUCCACUGUCGUAUUUUACGCUUCACACAUUUUCCAUGGGAGACAGGUCUGGACUGCAGGAGGCCCACGACAGUACCCGCACUCCUUUUUUACGAAGCCACGCUGUUGCAACACUUGUCUUGCUGAAAUAAGCAGGGGCGUCCAUGAUAACGUUGCUUGGAUGACAACAUGUUGUUCCAAAACCUGUAUGUACCUUUCAGCAUUAAUGGUGCCUUCAUAGAUGUGUAAGUUACCCAUGCCUUGGGCACUAAUACACCCCCAUACCAUCACAGACUCUGGCUUUUGAACUUUGCGCCCAUAACAAACCGGAUGGUUAUUUUCCUCUUUGUCCUGGAGGACACCACGUCCUCUGUUUCCAAAUAUAAUUUGAAAUGUGGACUCGUCAGACCACAGAACACCUUUUCACUUUGCAUCAGUCCGUCUUAGGUGAGCUCGGGCCUAGGGAAGCCGGCAGCGUUUCAGGAUAUUGUUGAUAAAAGGGUUUGGCUUUGCAUAGUAGAGUUUUAACUUGCACUUACAGAUGUAGCGAACAACUGUAGUUACUGACAGUGGUUUUUCUGAAGUGUUCCUGAGCCCAUGUGGUGAUAUCCUUUACACACCGAUGUCGGUUUUUGAUGCAGAACUGCCUGAGGGAUCAAAAGUCCGUAAUAUCAUCGCUUACGUGCAGUGAUUUCUCCAGAUUCUCUGAACUUCUUGCUGAUUUUACUGUCCAAUUGUAGCUGAGAUAGGCACCAGUGCCCCAUGCGACCCCAAAGGGAAUAAGCGGUAGAAAAUGGAUGGAUUAUGUAUAUUAUAUAUUAAAUUAUACAAUGGAAUUCGGGGGAGAAAAGUGUAAAAAUAAGAAUUAGCAUGUCACUAAACAUGAAGUACACGUCUGUGUACAUAUGGACUAAGUACAUAUCAAAAGAUAAUUUUUAGUUUUUAUUCUAAUUAGGGUCCAAUGAGCCCAAAUAGCAAAGAGAAAUAUUUCUUAAAAAUCAUGUAAACAAACAGCUUGGGCCUUAAGAAAUUCAUGUAGUACAGCUGCAGAACAAAUUGAUCUUGGAUUCAGAAUGAUUCUGCAGGAAUGUGUCGUCACUCUGGUUUUGUCUUCCAUACUUUGACUUGUGGACCCGUCAACCCACCACCACCACCAGCACCACCACGCUGCCUGUCAGCUAUAUCUGAUAGCAGCGAGUCUUAAAUGUGCAUCCAAUGUGUGAUUGUCUGCUUCUGGGUGAAAUUACAGACUUAUCCUCGCUCAAAGAGAAUCAUGUUCUGUAUACCCCCCACCCCCCACCUGUACUGUAAGGAUACUUUUAAGUCAGUAUUCGGGUGAAAAAAGAAACACAAUUAUCUUAUUAAAUGUAUCUGGUUGCUUGGAAA